AUGUCGCAGCCCAACCACCCCGAUAUUGCCAACAAGCCGGCGCCCGGCAUCUCCUAUUUCACUCCAGCGCAGGUCUUGCCCGCUGGGACCGCCGCGAUUCCCCAAUCCGAUGGAUCGCAACCUCCUAAGCUCUUCCAACCCUUUCAAGUGAAAGGCGUGACCUUUCACAAUCGAGUCGGGCUCUCCCCGCUGUGUCAAUACAGUGCCGAUGAUGGACACAUGACAGACUGGCAUAUGGCCCAUCUGGGCGGGAUCGCGCAGCGUGGGCCCGGUUUUCUCAUGGUCGAAGCAACAGCCGUCCAGCCGGAGGGCCGCAUUACUCCCGAAGACCAUGGCCUCUGGAAGGACUCGCAGAUUGAGCCGCUCCGCCGCGUAGUCGAGUUUGUACAUAGCCAGAACCAGAUCAUCGGCAUCCAGAUCGCUCACGCAGGCCGCAAAGCCAGUACCGUCGCACCGUGGCUCAGUAUGGCCGACUUGGCGACUGAGAAAGUCGGCGGGUGGCCGGAGAACGUCAAGGGACCUUCCAAUGUUCCCUUCCACGAGAAAUUCCCCACACCCAAGGCCAUGACGAAGAGCGACAUCGAGCAAUUCAAGCGAGAUUGGGUGGCCGCAACACAGCGCGCAGUCAAGGCCGGCGUCGACUUCGUCGAGAUUCACAACGCGCACGGCUAUCUGCUAAUGAGCUUCCUAUCCCCAGCGACAAACGACCGCACCGACGAGUACGGCGGCAGCUUCGAGAACCGUACUCGUCUGUCUUGUGAGAUCGCCCAGCUGACCCGGGACACUGUGCCUAAAGCCAUGCCCGUCUUCCUCCGCGUAUCAGCGACCGACUGGCUAGAAGAGUCCAUGCCCGACCAGCCGAGCUGGCGGGUCGAAGACACAGUCCGUUUCGCUAAAAUGCUGGCCGAUGCGGGUACCGUCGACGUACUGGAUAUCAGCAGUGGAGGCAAUCACCAGAAGCAACACAUUCAUGCCAAGGCGGCCUUUCAAGCACCCUUUGCGAUUGAGGUCAAAAAGGCGGUUGGUGAUCGGCUGAAAGUGGGCACCGUCGGCAUGAUCAGCUCGGGCUACCUGGCCAAUUGUUUACUGGAGAAUAACGGGCUGGACUUUGUCCUGGUUGGGCGUGGCUUCCAGAAGAACCCUAGUCUCGUCUGGACUUGGGCUGAAGAGCUUGAUGUCGAGAUUUCGAUGGCAAAUCAAAUUCGCUGGGGGUUCUCCAGCCGUGGUGGCGGAGUUUACUUAAAGAAGCGACAGGGGAAGAUGUAA